GCAACAUCAGCAACAGCAGCUGAAGCAUCAGCAGCAGCAACAACAACAGCGCCUGCAAUACCAGAAGCAUCGUCAACCGCUGGUGGCAAGUGCCGCCGCCAGCAUUCACAAUCAUCGCCUGACCAGUGGAAUCAGCGUUGGCGCCGGUGCCGCUGCUGCUGCUGCAGCUGGCUACAGACGUGGGCGUCGCCUCCAAAUGACAACGCCGGCGCGCAGCGCUCUACGUUCGCAUUCCGUGGAUGCGAUUGGCAGGCAGCGACAUGGCUACGAUCCGAGCAGUCUCAUCCUCAAGCACGAUGGCAACGGCAACGUGACCAGCAGCAGCAGCAACGGCGGCAGCAGCAGCAAUGGCAGCGGCAACAGCGCCAUCAACAGUCGCAUGCUCAACUACAAAAGCAGCGGAUCAUCGGCUGCAGUUGCAGGUUCAGCGGCAGCAGCAGCAGCAGCAGCGGCUGCGGCAGGUGGUCAGGCAGCGCUGUUGGUGCAACCGAUAUCGAGUGCGCAACUGUCGCCGCUGGUGGGUGUUGGCGGUGUCGAUGGUGUCGGGUGUAUGGGCGUUGGUGUCGGUAUCGAUGGCAGCGGCGGCUCAUCGCCAGUGAUUGCCUCGGCGACGCACAGUCUGUACACGUUCUAUCCGGCCGAGGGCAAUCUACAGGUGUGGCAAACGGAGUGCGGCGAUCUCACAUACAAAUCGUCGAGGAAUAUGCAUCAGCUGCACAAGGCGCCGGUGUGCUGGACACAAUCGAUACCCAGGCAGGCAAGACGUGCCGUGCGAACUUCAACUUGA